AUGAAAUCCUUCUCUGGUGAUGUCUGUCGCGGCGGUACAGACGAAAGGUUGGCACAGUUUCAUCGGGGUCGUGGGAUGGAGAGCCGAGGACUUGUCCGCACAAUUCAACAGUCUUCGCUACGCAGCAAUCGUGCUUUGGGUUCCGGUGAAAACCACUUCACCGAUUCCUUCCAACCAACUUUUCCUUCGAAAUGGAGAGUCAUGCGGCAAGCUAAUCCUUACAACCACAUUUCAGCCAUCGAAUCAAGAAAACUCAUUCGCUUAUCACCACGCCCUGAAUCGAUGCAUUCUGAUGAGGCAUACAGCGACCUGUGUCGUGCAAGUUGUACCUUAAUCUAUGAUUUUGUGUGUGUCUUUCUGGUUUAA